GAGAGUCCGGUAGUGGUGAUGAUCUUUUCUGCCUUCACUCUGAAUGCUUCUCAGCCCUUUCUCUUCUUCUUGCAUGUUUUUCCUCCGCAUUUUCUCCCUGGCGUUUGAGGGGCUCAUUUCUUUUGAUCUUCUUUGGUUUUCUGUCUCUGGGUUUCUGCUGAGGCAGACCAAUUCUGUACCUGUACACCACCCCACUAGCGCCCUUGUGGCGGCUGUUUUCUGCAACGUUAGCGAUAGUGAUGAUAUGGAAAAGACGAAUUCUCUUUUGAUUAUCGACCUGCAAUCUUGUAGUGUGUAGAACACAUUCGGUGGUAGUGGCCACGUUCUCUUCUCAAGACCUCGGAUUUACGUGGGUUGCGGGCGAUCUCUCUCCCUUCCCUCGAGUAGUACUUUUGCUCGGGGAUGGAAGUCUCGACUUUUCAAUCCGCCAGUCCCUCAAUGGCCUCCUCCGGUGUACAUUCCAGACUACAAUGCGCUCGUGAUUCCUCCAUAUCCCCUCUAUUGCGCUCACGAAUGCUAGGGAUACCCCCAGAGCCUGUUCUCUGUACGGCGGAGGACUAAAAGCCAACCUUUCGGUCAACCUCUAUAGAGACAGCCGGUCUUCCCUCUGCCAGCUGUGACUUGGGAACCCGCUGAAGCCUACUUGAAGAUCAAUUUCUCGGAAAAUGACCACUUACCGUUUCCAGAUUUGUGCAGCACACUCUCUACAUGAUUCGAGUUCCCUGGAUGUGCUCGGGCGCUCGUUCGGGGAGAGCACGCACACCAAGAAUCUGUCCAACUGCGAUCCAGGAGUCCCAGCUGGCUCCAAUCAAAAAGAAUGAGAUCCCUGCUCCGGACCGUGGUCGUUGCAGGUCCGAAGCGUGGGUUGUCAGCCGUUUCUUUGUUCGAACCGACCUCGACACCUCAUCCGGUCACGCCACAAGCGUCAACGCACGACAAGCCAGUAUCCAGCUAGAAGAUUGACCGUCCAGUUCUUUGUGUCCAGCCUAGAGUCUGCCUCGGCUUGGAAGACAGGGCCCUUCUUCUCCCCCUAAGUACGCCGCGCCGUCCAUGGGUCACACUUGCUUCUGUCGAAACCCUCGCAACAUCAACCUCCCCGGCUCCCCGAUGCUCCCCGAGACUCUUGCAUGAUCACCAUUUGUUUGCACUUCCUGAAUAGGGUAACUAUUGAUCUCGAAACGGGGGCACCAUGGAUAUUGCCGAGCCCAGACUCCUCAGGAAGCGCGAGAGUCGGACACGAGCCCCCACGGCUUGUCAGACCUGUCGCCUGCGCAAGACCCGGUGCGACAAUACCAGACCCAUCUGUAGCUACUGUGCCAUUCAGAGGGUUGAAUGCAUCUAUCCCGAGACUUCGCCGCAGCCUGUCCAGGCGGGCUCUGAUCCAACCAACAAUGAGAUCCUCUCCCAACUGAGCCAUCUCACUUCGCUAAUAGAGGAUCUGAAGCAAGAUCGCGGAUCCACCGUCUCCUCGACGCGAUCUCUCAGAAGUUCCUUUUUUGAGAUGGGCAUGCACAGCAAUAAUAGCCCCCGAGACGAACCUCUAUCGGGGCCCAGCAAUCUGCGUGGAAGCAGUUCCGGACUUGAAGAUCGUGCGGACGACCAUGACCCCCUGACGCUGUACGCCGCCAAUUCUGCCGAGUAUAUGCUCCGAUGGCCCGUUUUCAAUAAAGUUAUUACCGAAUCUGAACGACAUAUCCGCUCUUUCCUUCUCGAUUCGCUGGACAGCCAGCCACAGUCGGGUAUGCCGCCCCGACAGAUUGGUAUUGGUCUACUUGAUGAUAUCCAGGGUUUAUGUAAGAAGUAUCUUCGGUUGAUCCACCGUCGAAACCCCGUUUUGGACCGAGAAAAGCUCGAGCAUUAUGCAAAAGAGGUCACCGUGCAGGGGCCGGGUUGGGACGGGCAAUCAUGUCAAGUGCUUCUUGCAUGCGCGCUAGGCUGCACUGUCUCUAAUUUCGUACCCUUGGAUGAGAUCCCCGAAGAUCUAGAUCGUCUCCCCGGGCCACCCCCGACAGACGCUAAUAUCGAACUCGCGGAGGCGUACUUUCAUGCCGCGAAACAGCGUUUCGGCUCGUUACAUACUUCGCCCACCGAUAUUGCAUGUUUUCUUCUCGCAGGCUCCUAUCACAGACAUGUGAUGCGUCCGUUGCAGGCAUGGUUCUGCUUCCAACAGGCAUCUUGCAGACUAGAGGUUCGGUUACGGUCCCUAUGCAGAAAGCAAUGGACCGCCGACGCGGACUAUAAUAAUCUCGAGUCACGUUUAUAUUGGUCUUGUAUUCAAGCAGAACAUGAAAUGCAAAGCGAACUUCCCCUUUGGAGUAGUGGAUUGGAAAGUCUAGGCUACUCUGAUCCUUUUCCGUCAAAGGCAAACUCGACCUCCCCAGAGGACAAGAUGGAGGAUGACAGUGACAGCCCUCCGAAGCCACCCAGCGACAACAGCGGGUCAGAUGAAGAAAGAGGCUGGAUACUGUAUAUUGGAGCUAUAUGCAACCGCCGAACGGUCAACGACAUGCUCAUCGAUAUGUGGCGUUCUGGAGAAGAUGAAUGGGUCACCAAUGUUGGGAGCGUAGUCCAAAGAACCGCCGAUGCCGUCAAAGUCGUUGAUUAUUGGCACGACAUGAGCCAAGAGAAGUUAGCCCUAGCCUCACCAAGGCCAGAGCCAGACUCCAAAAACCUCCACUUCUACUUUUGGGCCCGACGCGCCAUUUCCCUCGAAAAGAUCUACCGACCAAUCCUCUACCUCGCAGUACACUACCACUCACUACCGGCCUACCUCCAAAGCGAUUCCCAGAUCUUCCACGAAGUCUCCAGUCAAGCGCAAAAGGCCAUCGACAACUGCGCAGAGCUCAUCCCGCACUGGUGGUAUCAUCACCGCCACGAGUGGAUCUGGAGUAUCAUGCGGUCUACUUUCGGUGCGGCCGUGCAGAUCAUCGCCGCCGUGCUGGGGAGUUCAAAUGCCCGUCGGACUGGCGUGUGGGUGUUACAUCCACCGCGUCGGUGGGCUGCGCUCGUGCGCAUGUCCAUUAAGACGUUGGCUUAUUGGGCUGGGGAGUCGAUAGAUGUGGAAAUCAUGAGGGCUACCCUGGAGAGGAUGUAUCUAAAUACAUGUCGGUUGGUUGGGGAGCCGACAACAUGUUCGCUGCGUAGAGGGUAGCAUUUCAUGGAAGCUUUAUAAUAAGUUGCGUUAGCACGCAGGUGAAUGUUCAAAUUAUGAUAAGAAUAUGAUACGCUAG